AAGAAACUGACUUGUUGUUUCUCUUUCUGUAAUAUUGACUCUGUGCUCAUUUUCUUGGCAAGAUCAAAAACGAAUCAGCAUUCAGCGAAGAAUGAAGAAAAGUACUUUCAGGGUGGAUUUUUGAGAAGUUUGUUUCUGAACAGACAGCAGAUCUUUAUAAUUCUCAUGAUUAUUCAUUUUUUAAACCAUUAAUCAGAAAGUGAAAGUAAAGUUUAGAUUGCUGGAGCUCAAACAGCAAAAAUGGAUUCACUCUCUGUGAAAGAACUUUCUUGUCCUGUGUGCUGUAAAAUAUUUAAGGCUCCUGUUGUUUUAUCAUGUAGUCACAGUUUCUGUAAAGAGUGUCUUCAACAGUUCUGGAGAAUCAAGGGAACUCAGGAGUGUCCUGUCUGCAGGAGAAGAUCCUCAAGAGAUGAUCCUCCAUGUAAUCUAGUGUUAAAAAACUUGUGUGAGUCAUUCCAGAAAGAGAGAAAAGAGAGGCAUUCAUCGGAGUCUGAGGAUCUCUGCAGUUUACACAGUGAGAAACUCAAACUCUUCUGUCUGGAGGACAAACAGCCGGUGUGUUUAGUGUGCAGAGAUUCACAACAACACGACAAUCACACAUUCAGACCCAUCGGUGAAGUUGUUCCAACGUACAGGGAGAAUCUCAGUACAGCACUAAAUUCCUUACAAGGCAAAGUUAAAGACAAAAAAAAUAUUGUAAGAGAGUUUGAGAAAACAGUUAAACACAUUAAGUAUCAAGCUGAUCAAACAGAGCAUCAGAUUAAACAGCAAUUUGAGAAGCUUCAUCAGUUUCUCAGAGAUGAAGAAGAAGCUACAAUCACUGCACUGAGGGAGGAAGAGGAGCAGAAGAAGAUGAUGAUGAAGGAGAAGCUGGAGAAGAUCAACACACACAUCUCAGCUCUUUCACACACAAUCAAAGACACGGAGGAGAUGAUGAAAGACAGUGACGUCUGCUUUCUGAAGAAGUUUCCAGACUCAAUGGAAAGAGUCCAGAUCUCAUCACAGCCGGAUCCACAGACUCCUUCUGGAGCUCUGAUUCAUGUGCCGCGUUACUUGGGCAACCUGCCCUUCAGAGUCUGGAAGAAGAUGCAGGACAUCGUCCAGAACACUCCUGUAAUUCUGGAUCCAAACACGGCUCAUCCAGAUCUCAUCCUGUCUGAAGAUCUGACCAGUCUGAGAUGGAGUGAGUACACUCAACCACUUCCUGAUAAUCCAGAGAGAUUUGACGUCUAUCGCUGUGUUCUGGGUUCAGAGGGUUUUAACUCAGGAACACAUUGCUGGGAUGUGGAGGUUAAAGAAAGUCGAUGCUGGGGUUUGGGAGUAGCUACAGCAUCAAACCAGAGGAAAGGAGAGGAUUUCUUUAACACUGACGUCUGCUGUGUGCAGUACAGACUGUAUAAAUGGUCUGGUUUUCCAGUCAAACAGAAGCUUGAGUGUGUGAGAGUUCGUCUGGACUAUGACAGAGGAACAGUGUUAUUCUCUGAUCCUGUAACUAACACACAUCUACACACAUUCACAACCACCUUCACUGACACUCUCUUCCCAUUCUUUCAUAGUUAUUCUCAUAUAAGGAUCUUACCGUUCAAUAGUUAAUAGUCUAAAUGUUAGACCUGUAGGUCUGGAUCUUCCUGCUUUCAUCAUGUUUCCAAUAUUUAAUCCAUAUCACAUGAGUAGAGUGCUUUUGAUCUGAAUAUCUGUACAGCUGUGUUUGGGCUGCAGCUGAUCACAUGACUGAUAUCAGCUCUACAGACACACUGACAAAUUGCUUUCAUACAACGGAUCAGACACCUAUGUUUAAAUAUGUUAUUUUUGUUUCAAAUUAAGGCAAAGUGGGAUUAAGCAUUGAAAAUUUGAAAAAAAAAAAAAAAUCGAAUUAUUUUGAUUAUUAUAUGCAUUGCAGUUGUUUGGUUAAUAUUUUUUUUAGUAUGCUGCUAAGUGAAGUUUAGGUGAGUGACAUUUCUGCUAUUUUAACGUUUGUUUCAAAUGUCCUUUGUUUCUGAUGGGACUGAAUAUGAAUAUGAUUCAUUGGGGUGCAAAACGGUUUUAACGCAUGUUUUGUACUUUAGUAGUCAAUUGUUCUGUGAAGCUUCAAAUGCACCAACAAACAUGGCACAAUAAAUAAAUGGAAAUAAAGUGUCUUGAGUUUUUAUAAUCAAUGCUUGUGUUCUUCAAUGUGCUUUUGAAUGCAUUUUGUCUGACCUGCUGCACAACAGAAUGUACCAAAAGAAGAUCAGAAACUGAUCCACCCUUUUAAAACACUCUUCUGUCUGGAGGACAGUUUAGAAGAAUCAGAAUCAGAAUAAGAAAGAGCUUUAUUGCCAAGUAUGCUUGCAC